UAGAUUAAUUUUUAAUCAAAGUAGAUUUUGUGUUCUAUUAAUUCGUUUUUUUUGACGUCAUCGGAAUCACUCGUCAUUUAUUUGGAACUCAAAGACAUAAAGAAGAAAUGGAUGCAUUGUUACCCAAACGCAGAAAUAGAAGAAACAGAAUUUUGUGAAGCACGAAACACGAAGGAAAAGAGAAACAAAAACACAAAAAUCAUCAAUCCCAAAGUGACUCGUAACAAAAAAUGGAUAAAUCAAACACGAAAUUAAUCGCUCCAGAUGGCGGCUAUGGCUGGAUCGCUACUCUCGGAGUCAGUCUCAUCAACUUAGCUACUCGAGGCAUUGAACCUUCCUUCGGAUUGCUCUUCAACGACAUCCUCACGGACCUCAAUGUGGGAACUGCGGGAGCUGCCAUCGUCAUUUCGGGUCUCGAUGUGAUGAUGAACAUGUCAGGCUUGUUUGUUGGACCGUUCCUGAAGAAGUUUUCAUAUCGCAAAGUGGCCUUUGGAGGAUCAUUGCUGUGUGCCCUUGGACUGAUUUUGACUUCGUAUGCGACAACAAUGUUGCAUAUUAUUUGUACUUAUAGUAUUAUCAAUGGAAUUGGUGUCGGUUUAGCAACAUCCGCGGCCUUUGUCGCCUUAAACCACUAUUUCACGAAGAAACGAGGACAAGCUGUUGGUCUCUCAAUGGCAGGCACAGCUCUCGGAAUGCUCAUCCUACCGCAACUCAUAUCACUUUUCCUCGAAGCUUACGGAUUCCGUGGCUCGUUACAAAUAAUUGGAGCAUUAGCUCUUCAUGCCGCCUUGGGAGCCACGCUUCUCCAACCCGCCAAAUGGCACAUGAAAGAGGAAAAAAUCGACAUUGAACUGCUCGAACCGAUUCCUGAAGAAGACUCAAGUAUCCCGAAAAUCACGACAAUUGACGAGAACGAAGACGAAGAAGAACUGCCGGAAAUGAACACGUUGCUGUUCAACAAUAAAAGUGUCGGAAAACGCCUGCAUGACGUCACAUCGCAAAAUUCGCCCGGCGUUAUGGCAAAAAGACCGACAUUUCCACGCAUUACAUCCGCAAUUAACGAAUAUUCGAGCGGAUUGAAUGGCAGUAGCUCGUUUAAGAAUCAUCCGACUUCGAUGACAUCCUUUCCGCGUAUCACAUCUGUGGUCAGUAUGAGCAACGAAGUGCGUCGACGAAAGGAAAGUGUGCUCUCGGUGUUAUCUACGUUCGAUUUUAGCGGCUCCGGAAUGAUUCAUAUCAACAUGGAUCGCGGCGACAAAGAAGCCGAAGAAGAAACCGAAUUUUUGCGACGUGUGAGCACCCAUGCGGGAUUUCUCACGAACAACAGAACCUCCUUCGCUAAAUUGCCGCCGCGAAUUAUGUCAGGGAUCGAACUUGGCAAGUUGGAAGAACUCGGAUCGACUGUCGACGAAGCAAAACCCGACUCGUUCUUUCAACGUUUCGUCGAACUUUUGGACUGUAAUCUCCUCAAAGACAAAGGAUUCCUCAAUCUUCUGUUUGGAUUGUCGAUUUUUUACGUGGCUGAGAUGAAUUUUAAAAUGGUGACGCCGUUCUUCGUGCGAAGUUUGGGAUUUGGGCAAAGUGAUGUCGCGCUGUGUUUAUCCGUUUCGGCCUUGACAGACAUCUUAGCGAGGAUAAUUGUGCCGCCGGUGUGUGAUAAAUUAAAAAUAACGAAACGAAUUAUUUUUAUGACGUCGAUUUUCUUCGUGGCUGUUACUCGUUCACUAUUGGCUGAACAAACAAGUUGGACUGGACUAUUAGUUGUGUUAUCGAUUUCUGGCUUCUUCCGUGGCAUCGCGUUGAGUAAUUUUACACUUACCGUAUCGGAAAGUGUUCCGUUGGAACGUCUUGCUGCCGCUUUUGGAUGGCAUAUGAUCGGAAAAGCCCUUUUUGUGAUCGCUUUUGGACCUUUAAUCGGCGCCAUUCGUGAUUGGACUGACAGUUUCCCGUUGUGCAUUCAUGCCCAAUCUUGUUGUAUUUUCAUGUGUAUCACAGCAUGGAUCAUCGAAUUCCUGCUCUACCGUUUCCGUCAAAGUAAAUCUUAAAGACCAAAAUGUG